AUCUCUGUUUGUGUUUGGUAAAAACAGCAUAAUACUCUACUACGCUACAAACUCACUCAAACUGUACUCCUAGGAAUUUCAGAUGAAGAAAAUCGUGUUUCUCUAACUCGCAUCCUGACUCCAUUCUUGUGUUGUGAGGCUUUCAGUGAAACAUGAUGAUGGGAUACUUCUCGCUGUCACUGUUGUUUAUGUGGGAGAUUGUUCCUCUUCUUCUUGUUGCUGGCCAGCAACCUCAUUCAGCAGCUUCAAUAACUCAAUUAUCAGAAGAAAAUUCGUAUGUGUCAGUGAUAGGGGAGCCUGGAAUGAAGAGCCCGCAUGCACGAUUUGCAUUGGAAGCUUGGAAUUUCUGCAAUGAAGUUGGCGUGGAAGCGCCAAACAUGGGCAGCCCAAGAAUGGCUGACUGCGCUGAUCUUUACUGCCCAACUGUAACUGAAGAUAGUUUGAGUGGCUUAUUCAUUGAUAAGGGAAGUGAGUGCCAAGUACACCAGAAAGUAAAGGAAUCAGACAACAGACUGGGGGCUGGUGAUAAGUUCCCUAUUGGCAAAUUUAGAUCUUAUACAGAUCCUGAUAUUUAUGCUGCUGAGAAGGAAAUUUUUCUUGGAUCACUCUGUGAGGUGCCUGAUUCAGUUGAACCUUGGUACUUUUGGAUGAUAAUGCUAAAAAAUGGAAAUUUUGACAAGAAUACUACACUCUGUCCUGAGAAUGGCAAGAAAGUUCCGAAAAUAGUGACCGACAGAAGCUUUCCGUGUUUUGGUGAAGGGUGUAUGAACCAACCCCUUGUGUACCAUAAUCAAUCCAAAAUGGUUGUCUUUAGUGAUAACAAUGUGUCUCUGGUUGGAGGAUAUUAUGGGACAUAUGACCUUGAUGCCAAUCUGAGUGCUGGUUUAGCAGAUAAGUCCUUUUUCUCGGUUACAUGGCAGAAGAAUUUCAGCACAAGCAGUUGGAUUGUAUCACAUAAACUGACAACAUCAUCCAAGUAUCCUUGGCUUAUGUUGUAUCUAAGGGCUGAUGCAGCUAAUGGGUUCAAUGGAGGUUACCACUACAAUGGACGCGGCAUUAUGACAAAGUUGCCAGAGUCUCCAAACUUCAAGGUCAGAUUGGCUCUAGAUGUUAAACAAGGUGGAGGUCCCAACAGCCAGUUUUAUCUCCUUGAUAUUGGAAGUUGUUGGAAAAAUAACGGAGAUCCCUGUGAUGGAGAUGUUCUAACAGAUGUAACCAGAUACAGUGAGAUGAUUAUUAACCCAGCAACAACAAGUUGGUGUCGUCCUGAUAAACUCUUGUCAUGCCCACCCUAUCACAUAAGUUCCACAGGAGAGAUGAUACAUAGAAAUGACACGUCUCGGUUUCCAUAUUCUGCCUAUCAUCUCUAUUGUGCUCCUGGAAAUGCCAAAUAUCUGGAGAAACCAUACGACAUUUGUGAUCCGUACAGCAAUCCACAGGCACAAGAACUGGUGCAAAUUAUCCCUCAUCCAGAGUGGGCGGUGCAUGGCUAUCCUGAAAGAAAAGGAGAUGGAUGGAUUGGUGAUCCAAGAAGUUGGGAACUAGAUACUGGAGCCCUCUCUAGUCGGCUGUACUUCUACCAGGAUCCGGGGACAAAACCAGCAAAACGGGUAUGGUCUUCAAUCAAUAUUGGUACAGAAAUAUAUGUUAGUCCGAACGGGGCUACUGCUGAAUGGACUGUCAGUGAUUUUGAUGUCUUAGUUCCUAAAGAUACCGAAGAAGAUGGUCGGGGAUACAUGUAAUACAUCUGUACAUACCAACUUUACUGUAGAAAAAUAAUGAUUUAUAGUGUUCUGA